GAUUUUUCCCGCGAAAAUCUUCUGGGCAUUAAUAAACUCUAUUAGUUAUUAAAGUGAACUUGUUAUAAUUGUUGUUCUCUUUAACAACAAGUAAAAGUAAAUUUAAAAUAGACAUUAAAAUAUUAGACUAUUUCAAUUAAAUAAUUGUAAAGCAUUUAUACAUUUUCAAGUUACAAUUGUGUUACGAAUAUUUAAGGAAAAUAUUGUAUCAUUGCUGCGAUAAAUACCUUAAAUAAAGUGCUUUCAAUAUAACAUACUGUAAACACAUGUUCUUAAAAUGAAAGUGGAGAGCAAACCUCUUCGUUAUGCACAUGCUGAGGGGCAUACUGUUGUUUGUUAUAGUGAAGAUGGCAGGCACAUAGUAACUUGUGGUCAUGAUGGAGAUGUAAGAGUAUGGGUAGACAUUGAAGAUGAUGACCCCACAUCACAUUGUGUGGGAGAAAGUGCUUUAGCAGUGUGUUUCAAAGACAAGAGACUAUAUGUAGCGACAGAUAAUCAUGCUGUGCAGGCAUACACAUUUCCUGCUUUUGAUAAAGAUGGUAUUAUUACAAGGUUUACUGCACCCGUUACACAAAUCAUGUCUUCACCUAAGAUUGAGGCUCUUGGCUGCACUUCAGAAAACAUGGAAGCCAAAAUUUGUAGUUUGGAGGGUGGCGCACCAUUAUUUGUUAUGUCAGAUCAUAAAGGCCCAGUCCUGAGUAUAGCAAUAUGUCCACAUAUGAAAUAUGCAGUCACUGCUAGUGGGGAUGGUGCUAUGAGAGUUUGGGACAUAGACACUCAGAAAAUGAUCAAGGAAGUUUUAUGUGUGCCUAAAAUUAAUACUUUUUAUGCAGCCAAAGUAUUGUGUCGAAUGGAUUUUGAGCCCACUGAGGGAAAACAUCUGGCAUAUCCUAAUAAUAAAGAAAUAAUUUUAUUAGAUUGUGAUACUUGGAGUCAAAGGAUGACAUUUAAUCAUAAUUUAAUAAAAUGUGCAAUAUCUCAAUGUCUAUUCUCACCAUGUGGGCAAUAUUUAGCUGGUAGCACAGUGGCUGGUCAGAUUGCCGUGUGGGAAGUGGAAUCAGGAACAUGUAUGGGAAUCAUUGAACAUCCCACUUCACAUAAUGUUUCAUCAAUGGCCUGGAGCCCUAAAGGUAAUGGAGUAUUAGUAUACUGUGAUGUUGCUGGUCAACUGGGAAUGUUAGUUAAUUGUUAUGGAAAAGAUAGCUCUAAAAUGGGUGAAGGAGAAUCUGAGGAUAUCGAGACAGUUGAAAGAAUGGAUGAUAAUGACGAAAUUGUCGAUGAUCUAAUCCAAAACUAUGAGAGUGAUGAUGACAAUGCAAUAUCCCUGGAAAAGAUAAAGAAUGAAACACUUGGUUUAGUUGAGGAUUCUCGUCCAGAGUCUCGUGUGACGGUGGCAGCUCCGGCUUCCUCUGUGCCUCCUCAACCUCCGUUCCAACCAUCCUCUACACCUGUACACCUUGAACAUAGGUAUAUGUGCUGGAAUGAUGUUGGAAUUGUGCGCUGUCAUUCUGGUGAAAAUGGAGAAUCCACAAUUGAUGUGGAAUUCCACGAUUCCAACCUGCAUCAUGGAAUUCAUUUGAAUAAUUAUUUAAAUCAUACUAUGGCCAGCCUAUCUAGUAAUGUACUGGCUCUAGCUUGUGAAACGCCUAGCAAACUAGUGUGCAUAUCGCUAAUAGGUAGCAGUAAGGAGUGGAGUGUGUCCUUACCAGAUACAGAGGAAAUACUCUGUGUGUCUGCAGCCGGCCUUGUUGCUUGUGCUACUAAUGCAAGGUUAUUGAGAAUCUUUACCCCUUUGGGAACUCAGAGACAGGUGCUAUCAUUAUCAGGCCCCGUGGUAGCUCUAGCAGGAUUUAAUACGACAGUAUUUGUGGUCUAUCAUCAUACUGACCCUGGGCAGUCUGAUCAGCAUCUAGCUAUGGACAUUAUUGCGUUUAAUGGUCGGCAAGUACGCAGCAAAACAGUCCUUAUGCCGCUCACACCUGGGUCUAAAUUGGCUUGGCUCGGAACGUCGGAUGUAGGCUCACCCUGCACUUGUGAUACUACGGGCUUGGUCAGAUUGUAUGACGUCACGAGCGGAGUAUGGAUGCCGAUAUGUGAUACUAGUAACCAUGCUAAAGGAUCGUCUGACUCGUGGUUUAUUGUUUCGGUAAAUGAGCAAACGCAAAAAGUGUGCGCCAUAUUGUGCAGAGGUGCGUCGUUCCCGCUCACGGCGCCGAAACCAAUUGUUGUUGAACUGCCGAUUCAGAUCCCACUGUGUGAGUUGGAGACAGAGAAAAGUCAGUAUGAAGAACAAUUGGUUCGUUGGGCGCACACUGCUUCCGAAGUGGAUGUUAAGGUCGCUAGAGAAACUGCGCUCAAAUUGUUUGCUCUUGCAUGUCGCAGUGAAAUAGAACAAAGGGCCUUGGAACUUAUGGAGUUACUUAAAGACGACCGCCUCCUUCCGUUAGCCGCCAAAUACGCAUCACGUCUUGGCCGAAUGCAUUUGGCCGACAAAUUGUCCAAUCUGGCCGAAACGUGGGAGCGAGAUGCCGACAGGAUGAAUGUCGCUCAAAAUUCACAUUUCCAAGAAUUAGACACACAAGAAACGUAUGACGUCACGAGCACGGAACAAGAUUUGAACGCAAGCCUUAUUUUGCCGCAAAAGACCGUUAAGAAGAAAGUCGAAACUGUCACACCUAUAAAACCAGUUCCAAUAAAAUCAUCACCGGGUGGAGCUCGGAACCCGUUCAAAAAGCAACAAGAUUCCGCCAAAAGUACGCAAAGUCCUCUAGCUUUAACCGAACGCACUUUAGUGGAAGUUCACUCUACAGCUGAGCAAACUGAAAAUGACGAUCCACUGAAACCUUUAGAAGGGGAAACAUUCGUAGAUUGGUUUUCGCGAAACAAAGCGUCUCUAGAACAACAAAAUCCUGAGUUAACACCGUCUGAACUAACUCGACAAUGUAUAAGGACCUUUAAGAGUUCGCAGAGUAAACCCACGGAAAGUAGUCAGAAGCGUAAACUCGAUGAAAGUAUGGAAGACACGCCAGUUGCGAACGCGCCAAAACAAUCCAAACUUAGUGCCUUUGCUUUUCAGAAGAAAAAUUAAGUGUUAUUUAUAAAUUUCAGUGAUAAUUAAAUUUAAGUCGUCCUCAAUAACAUCCUAAAAUGUUUACAGUAUACAAAUGAAGGAUUGUUUUUAUUUUAUAGUAUUUUGGAGGUCAUUUUAAGGAUAUUGAACGACAUAACAGUUAACUCCGUUGUGCGAACGUUUUUUUAUAGGUACGCAAUGUUUUGUGAUGUGACAUAAACUGAAGUGUUAUCAUGUGUAAUAGUCGUUUGUUUUAGACACUGAUAAUGGAAAUGAAAGUUUUUAUAGAUAUGACUGUUUAAUUUA